AUGGCAGACGACUCCCAGCCCGACGGGAGCACCGUGCAGGUGCUGCGGGACGUGGCGAACCGCCUGCGAAUCCAUUCCAUCAGGGCCACGUGUGCGUCCAGCUCCGGCCACCCCACUUCGUGCUGCAGCGCCGCGGAGAUCGUGGCGGUGCUCUUCUUCCACACCAUGAGGUAUAAACGCACAGACCCGGAACACCCCGACAACGACCGAUUCAUCCUCUCCAAGGGCCAUGCGGCCCCAAUCCUCUACGCGGCUUGGGCAGAGUUGGGCACCAUCGGCGAAUCCGACUUGCUGAGCUUGAGGAAAAUCCACUGUGACUUGGAGGGACAUCCCGCCCCCAGGCUGUCGUUUGUGGAUGUGGCGACGGGAUCCCUCGGGCAAGGAUUAGGCGCCGCGUGCGGAAUGGCGUACACUGGCAAGUACUUUGACAAGGCCAGCUACCGGGUGUACUGCCUCAUGGGGGAUGGCGAGUCCUCGGAAGGCUCUGUCUGGGAGGCUCUGGCCUUUGCUUCUCACUACAGUUUGGACAAUCUGGUGGCAGUCUUCGACGUGAACCGCUUGGGACAAAGUGGAGCCACGCCCCUUGAGCACUGCACAGACAUCUAUCAGAAUCGCUGUGAAGCCUUUGGGUGGAAUACGUACUUAGUGGACGGCCACGAUGUGGGGGCGUUAUGCCGAGCGUUCUGGCGAGCAGCUCAAGUGAAGAGCAAGCCCACGGCCAUAGUGGCGAAGACCUUCAAGGGCCGAGGUAUUCCGAAUAUCGAGAAUGCAGAAGAUUGGCAUGGAAAGCCCAUGCCAAAAGAGAGAGUGGAUGCGAUCAUCAAAUUAAUUGAGAGGCAGAUACAGACCAACCGGAAUCUCACGCCGAAACCUCCCGUUGAAGACUCACCUCCAAUCAACGUCAGGAAUGUGAAAAUGACCUGUCUGCCUGAUUAUGUGGCUGGAGACAGGGUAGCUACUAAGAAAGCAUACGGCUUGGCAUUGGCGAAACUGGGCCACGCAAACGACAGAGUUAUUGUCUUGGCUGGUGACACCAAAAACUCCACCUUUUCCGAGAUAUUCAAUGAAGAACACCCUGAGCGUUUUAUUGACUGUUUUAUCGCUGAACAAAACAUGGUGAGUGUGGCACUAGGCUGUGCCACCCGUGGUCGAACCAUUGCUUUUGUCAGUACCUUUGCUGCCUUUUUGACCCGAGCAUUUGAUCAGAUACGAAUGGGAGCCAUAUCUCAAACCAAUAUCAAUUUUAUUGGUUCCCACUGUGGGGUAUCCACCGGUGAAGAUGGGCCCUCCCAGAUGGCCCUGGAAGAUCUAGCCAUGUUCCGAAGCAUUCCCAAUUGUACUGUUUUCUAUCCAAGUGAUGCUGUCUCGACAGAGUAUGCUGUUUAUAUGGCUGCCAAUACCAAAGGGAUGUGCUUCAUUCGGACCAGCCAACCAGAAACCGCAGUUAUUUACACCCCACAAGAAAAUUUUGAGAUUGGACAGGCCAAGGUCAUCCGCCAGAGCGUUAAUGACAAAGUCACAGUUAUUGGAGCUGGAGUCACUCUGCACGAAGCCUUAGCAGCUGCUGACAGUCUUUCUCAACAAGGUAUCUCUAUCCGUGUCAUUGACCCAUUUACCAUUAAACCCCUGGAUGCUGCCAACAUCAUCUCCAAUGCAAAAGCUACAGGUGGCCAGGUUAUCACAGUGGAGGAUCACUACCGGGAAGGUGGCAUUGGAGAAGCUGUAUGUGCAGCUGUCUCUAGAGAGCCUGACAUCCUGGUUCAUCAGCUGGCAGUGUCAGCAGUGCCUCAAUGUGGGAAACCUACUGAAUUACUGGAUAAAUUUGGAAUCAGUGCUAGACACAUCAUAGCAGCUGUGAAAAAUACUUUAAUGAACUAAAAUAGCUGAUUUCUUAGAGUUAGUCUGUUGUCAGUCUUUGAUCCCAAAACACUGGCAUCUUUAUAUUAUUACAUUCAUGGUUGUUACUAAACCAUCAUUUAUAUCUAUAUUAUUAUGCUUUUUUUUAAAGGAGACAUUGAACACUUUUUUCAUUCCCAAUUCAGCAUUUCAAGUCAACUACCUUUCUGUUAAACUGUCAUCCUAUAUACAGAUGUCACUCUCAUUUUUUUUUAAUGAAAGUAGGUUUUAACAUUUUAAGUAACAAAAUAA